UACUAUCGCUACGCUUGCAUCCUUCGCGUGGGAUGUCGUUUGGAAACCGACGCAGCGUUCCCGACUCCAGGAAAACUUCCUUCGAAAACCUCGAUGUUUGAUUUCGCACGCCAAGGAUACAGCUACAGCCAGACCCCAGACGAAGCGAAAGUUGGAAGCAGCUACAUCACUAGCGGGUAUCCAGAUGAAGCAAGGAGUGUUCAUGCUGUCCGUGUAUGCUCCUCGCAUUUCACCGAUAAUGUGUACCUGGAUGAGAACAUCAUGGAAGUGCAACUUGGAUUGACACAAAAAAGGAACGAAUUGAAACUUGACGCCGUUCCGACAGUGUUCCACGAACAAAGCGAGCCAGCAACUUCGACACUGCAGGCAGUUCGACAGGGUCAAGCGCAAGUGAAGGACCAGGUGCUGCUGAUCAAGUCCCAUCCAUCCAUGAAACGGCAUCAAACAAUGUACGUGUGUGCACGGCAAUUUUGCUGAGAGACCUGGUUUUUACACUAAUGCCUUUACGACGCCUCUGACAAAUUAGGAUCUUCCAGAACAGUGCUUUCUUCAUCCAAGUUCAAGAACUAAAGAGAAUGACUUCAUGGCUUCUACUGACAUCUCACAGCUACAUGCCAAGACAAAAUAACUUGACAGCAGGAAAUGAAAAGAAAAAAAAAGGUCCGUUUCAGGUCCACCCAAAUCUUUGUGCAGAGGCUGACAACAACAACGCUAUUGUGAGAUGAUGAAUGAUGCUGAUGCAGCGUUGAGAUUAAGCCCUUGUUUCCUUUUUUGCAAUGCUAUACAUUACUGCUGGUUAAAUGUAAAAUGAUGCACCUACCUCCAGACAUUAAAGGGGCUACCAGAGAUGUAGUGUCAAUUCAACAGAAAACCUGCAUGUUCUACGAGGCACUGUCACAUAAGCAUUGGCCAAAUUUGCUGUCCUGUGAGCUUUGAUAGGAUAUGCCGUAGAUAGUAAGAGGCCUCUUACUGUAAAAGGGAGGUGCAUUAAUCGAGUAGUGGGGUCUGAGGCAUGAGGGCCAUUUCAGGAUGUACUAACCCUUCUAAAAUUUUACACUUGGUUAUGCCCAGAGAUCGAUCCAGAUCCCCCCCAACACCCCGAGUUUUUUUCCUGUGUACCACUGUUAUAAUGAAACCGUCCAAUUUACUGUCCAAUCGUCCCGUUUUCAUUGCAAUUGAAGUACUUACAAAACUGUUUAUUUUAUUUUUUAUUUUUGUGAGUCCCCGCUUCAGAUCCCAAGGGACAUUGCCAGUGUGGUGCACGCUGAUAACUGUCUGUGCAUAGCAAAUAAUAAAUAUCUGUGCGUGAAGAGUUG